CAUACGUGACGCCGUGUCCUGUUGAGUGAACCGCGCUAAGCCCGCGGUGUCCGUGUGUGGUGUCGGGAUUUGUAGUUCGGUAUAAUUGGUAAAUAAACAUCGAAAAUGUCCACAGCACCGCACAGCAAGAAGCGGGUCUGCUACUACUACGACAGUGACAUUGGAAACUAUUACUAUGGACAAGGACAUCCCAUGAAACCGCAUCGCAUAAGGAUGACCCAUAAUUUGUUACUUAAUUAUGGAUUGUACAGAAAGAUGGAAAUUUAUCGACCACACAAAGCUACUGCCGAUGAAAUGACCAAGUUUCACAGCGAUGAGUAUAUCAGGUUCCUCAGAUCCAUCAGGCCAGACAAUAUGUCUGAAUACAACAAACAAAUGCAACGCUUCAAUGUUGGCGAAGAUUGUCCAGUCUUUGAUGGUUUGUACGAGUUCUGCCAGUUAUCGGCAGGAGGCUCAGUAGCGGCUGCGGUCAAGCUGAAUAAACAGGCAUCAGAAAUUUGUAUAAAUUGGGGAGGCGGGUUGCAUCACGCCAAGAAAAGCGAGGCCUCUGGUUUUUGCUAUGUCAAUGACAUUGUCCUCGGUAUUUUAGAAUUGCUUAAGUAUCACCAGAGAGUAUUGUACAUUGACAUAGAUGUUCACCACGGCGACGGCGUUGAAGAAGCCUUUUACACAACUGAUAGAGUAAUGACAGUCUCGUUUCACAAAUAUGGAGAAUAUUUCCCUGGCACUGGUGACCUUCGAGAUAUUGGUGCUGGAAAGGGUAAAUACUACGCAGUCAAUAUUCCUCUGAGGGAUGGAAUGGACGAUGAAAGUUACGAAUCGAUAUUUGUCCCAAUAAUAUCCAAAGUUAUGGAGACGUUUCAACCAUCCGCAGUUGUUUUGCAAUGUGGUGCUGAUUCGUUAACAGGCGACAGACUUGGCUGUUUCAAUUUGACGGUCAGAGGACAUGGCAAAUGCGUCGAGUUUGUUAAGAAGUACAAUUUACCGUUCCUCAUGGUAGGCGGCGGUGGAUACACCAUUCGUAACGUUUCUAGGUGUUGGACAUAUGAAACGUCAGUGGCUCUGGGAUCGGAAAUAGCGAAUGAACUGCCCUACAAUGAUUACUUUGAAUAUUUCGGUCCCGACUUCAAACUGCAUAUAAGCCCCUCUAAUAUGGCGAAUCAGAAUACACCUGAAUAUCUGGAGAAAAUCAAAACGAGAUUAUUCGAAAAUUUGAGGAUGCUACCUCACGCACCAGGAGUUCAAGUUCAGGCCAUUCCUGAAGACGGCGCCGUUGUCGAGGACUCUGAAGCCGACGAGAAAGUUAACCCAGACGAAAGACUGCCACAGAGAGAUUUAGACAAACGAAUACAGCACGAAAAUGAGUAUAGCGAUAGCGAAGACGAGGGAGACGGUGGCAGGAGGGACAACAGAUCGUUCAAGGGUUCCAGAAAAAGGCCGCGACUUGAGAAAGGGCAAGAAAGCGGAGAUUCCGAUUUGAAAAAAGAAGAUGAUAUCAAAUCAGAGAUAAAAGAUAAUGAGAAGGAUGACAAAGCCAAUGUAACGAGUGAAGAGGCGAAGAAAGACGGAGGUGUGAAUCCCUGAUAAGAAAAUCCGCUUGGUUAAGUGAAUGAUUGAAUAUCUAUCUAACUCAAGUCUCCAUAGGUUAGGAAUCAGAAUUGGAAAGAGCAAAAGAAGAAGUAAAGAAACGAGAAAAAAGAAAUGUAAAUCUAAAACUGAAAGACUGCGAAGUAAAAUGUGAGACGUAACAUGACAACGUAACAUUUUACUUCGUGUUUUUUUUCCUCUUUCACAUAAAAAGUGUACAAACCAUUUACCAACAGUGGUUGUACAUGAUUUUAAUGAUAUUCCUGCCAUUUAUGGUAGAGGUAUUCAAGUUCUGUAUGUAUGAAUGUUUACCACCACGUAAUAUUGUGUUUUAAAGUCGGACACUACGAGGUCGGUGAAAUGGAAUGAUAAAAGAAAACUAAUUAUGUCCUGAACAAGUCAAGAUCAUUUAUAGAUUUAGAUACACAUAUAUUUCUAACAGUCUGUCCACACGUCAGCUUCUUAAAUAUGCAACAAAUUAAUGACGAAAUAUACAUAUUCGAGUCUUUCAAAUUUCUCCGUUUUAAACUGUGAUCGAUUAUAGUGGUACUGACAUGGAUCGUACGUACGGCUUGAAAAAAGGAAGGUAAAAUAACAACAUUAUUUGAAGAAAGGUUAUUUUGUAGGUAUACAUUUAAUAUAAUUGCAAAUCUCGCUCCCGUGUCAUUUCGUCUAAAGCAGGAUCAGUACAGUGAAAAAUGCCGACUACCAAAAAAUUUGUGAAGAAAAAUCGGGCUAUUUUCAUUUCAAGGUUGCUUUUUGGUGUAAUAAAAUUUUAUGAAUUUGCCAUACAUGUUAGGAUACACGAUUUUCAAUUAUUAUCGAUUUAAUUACGAUACUACUAAUUCUAUGAACGGUAGUUAAUUGACAUGCAACAAAAUUUCUUGAGCGAUCCCUUAUCAAAAAAUGAAAUAUCAAAUCUGAACAAAUUUAAACGAUACUCAUUUCUUUGGUAUUUAAUUUACUGUAAAAUCGUGCUGCUUGUGAAGAUCAAAUUACACGUAUGACGUUUUGUUUCUCGUCAACUUGAGAAACAUACCAAAAGUGGAGGGACAUUAAUAAGUCUACUAAAAGUUCUGCACGUUUUUCGAGAAUUGGUUCCGAUUUUUUUUAUCGUUUCUUAGUCGUUUUACUGCUUAAAAAUUAGGUGAUAAUAAUUAUUUGAAUUGAUAUAUCAGAAAUUUCCAUUUGUAAACUAGUUUUUUGUAUAAUUGAAUUUGGUCGUUUGUCUGCAUACCAAUUAAAAUCAUUUGUGAUUGAGUCAUCUCAUUACUUGGCUAAAGCGCGCAAUCAAUAGUGAAUAAUACUAUAAAUUACUAUACAAGAAUUUCUUUGCUUCCUAUAACUGUACAUAGUAUAGUAGAUCAACCUGAUAUGAAGAACAAUAUAAAUUUACGCAAUAAUGUGUCUCCUAUGCGUAAAGGUAUAUUAUUUUUCUGGAACUGAGAGAAGAGAAAUGAAGAAAGGAUGAUAAUUUUGUUUUAUUCAAUUAAAAAAUAUAAGUACGUAGAUGACGAUGAUGUGCUUAGAUGAUCUCUGCUUGCAAGUAAAUUAAAUGUUUCCUUAGACUAAGUCAAUUACAAUUACAGACAGCACUACGAUGACCGCAAUCUCGUUAUUCUUGCAAUUGUAAUUAUCAUUUGGCGUCAGUAAAAAAUCAAAGUCUCAACGAAAACAAGGAAUAUGGAAUUAUCAUAGCUAUGUAAAAAGAAGAAAGAGUUUCUAGUAUCAUUUGUCUCGUUGUACUAUGCAUCUCACAGAUAUAUUUCUCGUAAAAAUCUGUGAAGGAAUCGUUUUUCAUUUCCCAAAUGAAAUUUGUCGUUUACAACUUACAGCUGUUUAAAAAUGGCCAAAUCGUUAGGAUUUGAUGGCUCAGAAUAAUGUAGUUGGUUGUUCGUUAUGCACUCGGCAGCUGUCCUGAAUCAUCAGAUGCUAACGGAUUCGCCAAUUUGAAAUUCACAAACGACAAAUUUCCUAUCAAUAGGCAAACAACGUUUCAGUCGCGGGUUUUUAUGAGGAACUGAUUGAUCGCCUACAAGGUGAUAGUUCUGGGUCACCCUGUAUAUUUCUUAUUGUCAAGCUGCUACUAUCCUAGUUUUGAGGCGAUUUUUGGAGAGUGUUCGGUAUAGGUGACUACAUUCACCAACGUAUACUAAACAGCAAUGGACGUCGCGUAAUCUAUGUAUGGUGCACUUUGGUGUAUCAUAUACCAGGUGGUAGCAGAAAUCGCCCUCCAUGAGACCGAAUAGAUAUUUUGACGAUUUGGGUAUCUGGCCCUCUGACCUCUUCAGAAUAAAAUACAAUUACUACCUUUAUGUGAAAA